GGACCUUAUCUUUCAUAUCAGCGAUAAAUAAUUUUCAAUAAACAAAAGGUUAAUUUGACACCUUUUUAUAAGAUUAGGGUUCCAACACAGCCAUAUGGCCAUGUUACAGCGCUUGUUUACGAAAAACAGACGGAAGACAGUUGACUACCUGUGCUAAUUAACUACCUGCACCUCCGAACACCUGUGUAUAAACUGAAGGAGGAUAACACAAACAGGUUGUCACUGAAAAAUACUGUCAGCUGCAACGGUGUUAAAAUCGAUUAAAACAGUGUACAAAUGUCAGGAUGGACAAUGGCCCAGCCCUGCCAGACAGCCUGGUGCUGGAGAUCUUCCUGCGUCUCCCCCAUGAUUCUGUGCUGAGCGCUGGCUUGGCCUGCAGACAGUGGCUGGCAGUGUCCAGAGAUGAGUUCCUGUGGAGGGAGCUGUUCUACAGCUACUACCGCAUCCCCCACUCUGUGCCCAGACACCCUGCUUCUGUGUCGUGGUACAGAGAGUUCAAGCGUCUGUUUAACUGCAUCCCCUGUGUGGAAGUUCAGACUCUGAGAGAGCACCAAGACCAGGUCCUCCACUUGGCCUUCUCCCACCGAGGACACCGCUUCUCCUCCUGUUCCAAAGACUGCACCGUCAAGCUUUGGGACACAGUGCGGCCCGAUGGCACCAUCACCAUGGUGCACAGCUCCAGCAUGCGCCACUUCAACUGGGACUACACCCAGUUCUCCCAGUUCAACGCUGACGACACCCUGCUACUGGUGUCUGGAGUCUACCUGGGCCCUCAUCACUCCUCCUCUGGGGAGAUUGCUGUCAUCAGCCUUGAGAACUACACCCUCCUGUCCCGUGUGAGGAACAAGCCCUACGAUGUGUUUGGCUGCUGGCUGAACGAGACCCACCUCCUCUCUGGCAACCUGCACUGGAUCGGCAACAUGACCUCCUGCUCUGUGCUCUGGCUCAACAAAGCCUUUCAGGACGUGGAGUCUGAGAAUGUCAACGUGGUCAAGCGGCUCUUUAAAAUCCAGAACAUCAACGCCAGCACCAUCCGCACAGUCAUGGUGGCCCACUGUCGGCUCCACGACAACCCAGACCUGCUGCUGGACUAUGAAGCCCAGUCCAAGGCUAGGGCCCUGGCUCAGAGCCAGCCACAGAGCCACCAGCCCCUGCUCUUUGACCUGGGCUCCACUGACAGCGAGGAGGAGGAUGACGAUGAAGAGCACAGGAGGGAGAUGAGACUGCAGGGUCUGUCGACAGCCCACCUACCUCAACUCGGCGCCACUGGGCAGGAGCAUGUAAUACAGGGUCGUCAAAGUAAAGCCUCAGAGGUGAGGGAGCUGGAGACUAAGUGGGCCCAGCUCAUGGGUAAAACCCACACCAAGGCCCCAGACCCCAAUGUGCUCUCCUCCUCGGCCCCAGGGGAGGGAGAGGACAAGACCUACCUGCUCUUCACCACCGGUAGCCUUACCUACUCCCCCCACCAGAUAGGUAUCAAGCAGAUCAUGCCUGACCAGAUGACCACGUCUGGGCCUGUCCUGGGGGAGGAGCGCAGCACAGACGAGUUCUUUGACUCUCUAGACCAUGUGAUCGACAUCCACGGCCACAUCAUCGGCAUGGGCCUGUCUCCAGACCACAGGUAUCUGUAUGUGAACAGUCGGGCGUGGCCGGCGGGCUGUGUGAUCUCUGACCCCAUGUCUCCGCCCCCCAUCGCCGAGGAGAUUGACCUGCAUGUUAUUGACCUGAAGAGCCUGCGGGAGGAGAGGCAGAGCCUGAGGGCCCACCGAGCCUUCACGCCUAACGACGAGUGCUUCUUCAUCUUCCUGGACGUCAGCAGAGACUUUGUGGCCAGUGGUGCAGAGGACAAACAUGGUUACAUCUGGGACCGCCACUACAACAUCUGCCUGGCGCGGCUGCAGCAUGAUGACGUGGUCAACUCUGUGGCCUUCAGCCCAGCCAAUCAGGAGUUGCUGCUCUCUGCCAGCGACGACUCCACCAUCAAGGUGUGGCGCUCGCCGCGUAUGGUCCGCCUGGCACAGAUGCCCACCCGUCCCCCGCGCCCACGCAACCUCCUCUCCUGGCUGGUCCGCAACAAGAACACCACCUCCGCCAACGGGAAACCCUGACCACCUGAGACGGGUGGGAGGGGACUGGAGAGGGGGAAAUACUAUUUCAUAGGUGACGCACACUCCAGGAGUAGCGAUCUUCAGUGUGGGAAAAUCAAACUUUUUUUAAACCUUGAACUCAUUGUGUUAUGGCUGCCUGCACAGUGUGGUAGGUAUGACAUCACCAACCACCAAGGACAUGUGACAGCUGGGGUAAGCCACAAGGAGGCACAAUUGCAACAGCAAUUUCACAGGCCUCUCCAUAAAUUUACUUUUUGAAGGUGACACCUAGCAAGGUGAAUUGCUGUCAAAGUGAAGGUCAUACAGUACAGGUAAAUUCCUCCUGGACCUUUGCAAAGUCUGGGGGGGAAAUGACAUUCAUUGGUUAUAACGAUCAUGCUUCUAAUUAAUGAAUGAACUACUGGAGAAGAAACAUGGGAGACUACUUCAAGAAAGAAAAUUAUUUAGAGUUCGUUCACUGAAUGAAGAGAAGAUGUGGACACUAAAAUAUGGUCCAAGAUCACUUUCUUGUGUGUUUUGUCUUCUGUUUUUAAGUCUUUCGAUCUAUGUGUGCAUGUUUGCACGAGUGUUUGUAUAUAUUCUUUUACGUUUUUUAAUGUUGGGUUGUACGAUCACAUCUGUGAUGUCAUAUGAUUGCAGAGUUGAGGACAUGUCUGAAAUUACCAGGAGCAAUUCAAGUGGUCUGGUAUCUCCUGAAAGUGUGUUUGUGAAUGUUUGUCAGAGGGAGGAGAGAGAGGUGCACAAAUAAUCCAGGACUGUAAUGGCCGGCAUGGUUUCUUCAUUGUUACACUAAAUCUCUAACAAGUUUCACCAAAUUGUCAUGAUAGAAAUAUCACCGAACUUUGUUGCUACAUUCCACAAUCUACAAAUUACUCUGACUAUCCUUUGAAACACAUGCUAGAUGAAUAAUGUGACACAACUGACACAUUGCUCCUGAACACUGCCAGUAUGAUGUGAGUUUCAAAUAAUAUUUUACUAAAUGGUUGUAACAGUCCUGUGGAGGUCAUUUUAUCCCUGAGGGAAAAACAUCCAACUGACAUCCAGCUGGUCGUCGGAUGGGAUCAUAGGAAGACGUCUUUAUUACUAUUGUCAGCAAAUAUGCUCAAUGAAUGUUUCCAAAGAGGCUUCAUUUCAACAUAUACUACCAAGGAAGUUAUUGCCUUACAAUGGGAGUGCCACCUUUCAUAAUAGCCCAACCUUCCUCCACAGGAUACAGCUUCAUGUUCAAAGGUCAUAUGGUUAAUGUGAAAACUGGUAAUAUCAAGGCAGUAUUCCUUUGAAAUCGUUAUGCAACCAUCCGUAUCUGAACUAGCACACAAUUUAUGUAAGUGUUGCAUUUUAUAAAGCCUACUGACAAAGCACAUAUUCAAAGCACUACAGUAGGGCUUGGUGGUACCACAGAGAAUAUCCUUUUCAAAUCAUAAUCUGCAUUUCUUGCAGCAAAGGCCUUCCGUCCUCUAAUGCUUUUAAAACAGACCCUCUCCUUAAACCUGAGCGAGAAGUCUGAGUGUGCCUAGUGCUUCUCUAAUGGGCUGUAACCACAACCUACCCCAGCUCUGGUCAUGCAUUAUCAUUGUAUUGUGCAUAGAAACAAAUGUUGUAAAAUGUAAGUUAGGUUUUUAAAAGUAUUGCUCUUAUUUUGUUUUUUCAGUUCUCACUGGCUAAUCUGCAACUUUACACCAGCUUUGAUUGAAUUUGAAAUAAAUAAGAAAUUCCUAUCACUUUAA